AAACACCUCCUCUUCCUGCCUUUCUCAGUUCUCCGCUCUGCUUUCCCCUGCACCCGCUUUACUCAUGUUGGAUUUACCUUUCUAUUAUAUGUAUAGAUGCAGUUGCACCUGUGCAGUCUGAUCCACACAGUUCCAGUUUGUUUUUAACCGAAUCUGUUUGUGGACUUUGCUUUUUGCUCGAUUUUUAUUUUUCCCGCCUGUUUCCUGUUUGUGUCUCGCUGCUUACUUCGCAUCUCCCUCAGCAGCCUUUUCCUGCAUUACUUCUAACAAAAGUUUCAGUUUCAUUUCUUGGUCAUGGAUGAUUUCGUAAGAACCAAACUGGUUGAAUGGGGGCUAAGUGAGUGGGUGGAGAAAUUUAAAGAUGAACAAAUCGAUGCUGAAAGUCUGUAUGAUCUUGAUGAUCGAGAAAUUGAUAAUUUGAUCACAAAAGCUGGACCAAGAGUGAAAUUCAAGAAGAACCUCAAGCUGUUAAAGGAAAAACGAAACUCAAAUCAGGAAACAGUCAUUUCUUUUCAAUGUGAACAGGAGCAUGAAGAAGCAGCUGAUGUGGUUCAGGUCUUGCCAUCCACAAGUGAUACAGGAAAGAGAAAAUCAGACCUUCAAAGUAACCCCAGCAGGUUGCAGUCACCAGCUAAGCGACAGCGUCUGUCAAUGCCAGGAUUUGAAGAAUCAAUCAUACUGUCUGAUGUGAAAAGCAUCAUGACAUUUGUACAUGAAAGACUAAAUGACCAAGACAAACUCAGUGCUUUCUUGAAGAAAAAGAUCAGUGAUUUGGAGAUAGAAAAGAGGGAGCUGGUUGGUGUCUUUGGUAAAACUGGGGCUGGAAAGAGCUCUUUGAUAAAUGCCAUCAUCAAAGAGAAGAAUCUUUUACCCUCAGGAAGCAUCAAUGCCUGCACCUCAGUCAUGAUCAAAGUGGAAGCUAACAGAGAUAGCUUAAAGUAUGAGGCAGAAAUUGAGUUCAUCACAAAGGAGGAGUGGAAAGAAGAGUUGUGGUCAUUUCGUCAGUUUCUUGACAAUAAUAAAAAUCAGAAAAAGGAAGACGAUGAUUAUCAUGAUGCUGUUGAAAAGCUGUCAGCACUGUAUGGAGAAGACUGGACAAGGUCCUUUGAAAACCUCAUGGAUCGCAAAUAUUUCAAAGAAAUUCCAGAAUUUCUCCAAUCCAGGCGGAAGAUUUUGACAUGUGAAUCAGCUAAUGAACUCUCUGCAAAAUGUGUCAAGUACACAAGAAGUGAGUCAAAACAAGGAGAAGGUAAUGAAGGAAAAACAUGGUUUUGGCCACUAGUGAAGUGUGUGACUGUCAGGGUGCCAAACAAUCCUUUUCUCCAGCAUGUCACACUUGUGGACCUUCCUGGAAAUGGUGACUGUAACAAGAGCAGAGAUCAGAUGUGGAAAGGGAUAGUUGGAGAUUGUUCUACUGUGUGGAUUGUGACUGAAAUUAACCGAGCAGCAUCAGAUAAAGCAGCCUGGGGGAUCCUGGAAAGUGUCAGUAGUCUGAUUGGAAAUGGUGGCGAAUGUCAGCAAAUUCACUUUAUCUGCACCAAGUCUGAUCUUGUUGAUGAUUCAGAUGAUCUUUCAUCAGCUGAUAUCCAUGAUCAGAUAAUUAAAAGAAACAUUCAAGCCAAGGAUGGAGUAAGGAAAGAAUUCAACAAGAGAAGCAAGAUUAAUAAACACUUCACUGAUGACAGUUUCAAAGUGUUCACAGUGAGCUCCAAAGAGUUCCUAAAAGGGAAGCAUCUAAGUCCAGAAGAAACUGAAAUAACCAAACUUCAGGGAUUUUUGCAAGAUCUGAAUGACUGUCACUCAGAGACAGUAAACUAUGUGAAUGGAGCUUAUGGGAUUCUGUCUUUGAUUGAAGGUGCCAGGCGCAGAAAAGAGGGUGUUGGAAAAGCAGAUGAUGUAUGUAAAGUCCUUGAGAAAAACAUGACAGAACAACUUGAUCAAGUGAAAAAAGCAGUUGAAAAAGCGAUCAAGGAUUUUGAACAAUGUCUUACAGAAGGGGUUAAAAAUUCCAAAACCUCUGAAGAAAAACUGAAAUCCUUUUUGGACCGUGAUAAACAGCCUAGUUUUUUCAAGACACUAGAGGCUGUGGUUAGGAAAGACGGCAUGCACAAAACAAAAAAAGGGGAACACAUAAAUCUCAACACAGUAUUAGCUUCAUGCUUGACUGACAGCAUUGAUGAAAAAUUCAGAAAGACCUUCCCAAAUGAUGUUAAAGGCGGAUCUUUCAAUGGAGUCAUCAGUAGAUUUUCACUUGACCCCAAUUCGCUGAUUCAAAAAUACCAAGAUGUCAAACUGCAGCUGAUAUUUCUCCAGACAGAGGAGGAUAAAAUUAAGGCAAAACUCAACAAAAUAAUCCUAAAAGAGAAGAAAAUCAUCUACAACAGUCUAACAGAGACAAUUGAGAAAAACAUGAAAAAGUGCUAUGAAGAUGCACGAAAAAUUUCAGGAAAAGAUGCACUGAAAAAAAUGAGGAAGACUAUUGAGACACAUGUAUCCUUAAAUAGGAACAUUUAUGAGGACGCAAAAAAGACCAUGUUGGAGAAGAUGGAUAUAUUGAUGACGAUCAUCUGCAAGGAACUGAAGGAAACCUUGGACCACUCCAUUAAACUCUCACUCAAGGCAUCAGCUUUGAGUGAGAAUCUCCCAGAUGUUUCAAAGCAUCUUGAAACUGUGCAGCAACAUUACAAUGAAGGUAAGUGUAGUCAAGAGGGAGAAGUGACAUCACAGUACCCAGGUAAAUAUUUAAAUGUUAUUUCAUGUCACAGGAUUAUUAUUAUUAACCGUUUUCUACUAAAUUACUUUAACAGUUUCUAUGAAUUGUCAAAGAAAUGGGGUACAAUCUGACGACAAUCCUAAGCACCUAAAUAUACAGUAACUUUUAAUUUUUUUAGUGUUUAACGUCAAUUAUUGUCACAAGGGCGGAACAGACUCGGGGGCAGACCAGCUGAAUUCAGAAUGAAAGUCACAGGUGUUAUUUACAAUAACACCUGGUGAAACUUUAUACAUGUGGGGGUAGGGAUUUUCAGAGGUCCAGGGAAGGAAGGGAAGCAGGUCCAAAACACACACUCCACUCCUUCGUCCUCUUCAGACACUCACACUCUGCUCCACUUCACUGUACUUUGCCAGACUUCUGGGAAAUAGGUCAGGGAAUUCCAGGGAAUCUAUUUCCAAGAAAUCACAAUCAGAACAGGCUACAGAAUCACACAGCCAGGGCUUUGCUAACUGAGGUUACUCAACAAUCCAGCGAAGAAUAUGUCUGUGUAGGUUCUCAGUCAUCCAGGUCAUCAUAGUCUAAGGAGCUUGGAAAGAAAAGCUACUGGAUUUCUUUAAGUUGCUUGA